AUGGAAGCAGCACAAGGACGAGGCCAAGGACAAGGAUCAGCACAAGGAGUGAAGAUGGAAACCGGCAACAGCGCCACCGGAAGAGCCACGAUGGGAGAACCCAGUACCGAGGUGUACCGAGGUCGAGCCCCGAGGCCUUAUGUCCCGGGGACAUCGUGGCGGACCUGGUGGAAGCUGUUCGCCAACUUCCUCGUGUUGAGGAAAGUAACAGAAGAGGGGGAUAAGCGGCUUAUAUUUCUGCAGGAAGUGGGUAACUCGAAUUACGAGUUGCUGGAGUCACUCUCGCAGGGACGCGAAUUGGAGGAAGUACCAUUGAAGGAUCUACGGGCAGCGAUGGAACAACAUUACCAGCCGAAAAAGCUGGUAUUGGCAGAACGAUUCGGGCUAAUGUCGAAGACACAGAAGCAAGGACAGUCGCUGCAUGAGUAUUACGCGGAGCUCCAGAAAGCGGCGAAUACGUAUUGUUUCGAAGAAAUCAAGGAUCAUCGGGUGCAGUAGUGACGAUGGUCUUCAUCGAGAAGGAACAGCUAUCCUCGAAGGAAGCGCUCGAGCAGGCGGAAGCUUUCGAACGUGUAG